UUAUGUUGUGAACAAUUUCUGUGGUAUGUGGGGUCGAUUAGCGGUUCUGGCGACCUUGCUAUCAGUUAAUCGAAUAUGUUCCUGAUACCUUUAAAAAUAUAUCCUCAGGCUGUUUGCUGAUGCAAUUUUUGACAGUUCCAGUCAACAUAGUACCUAGCCGAACCAUCAGUUGUCCUUAAAGUGGAUAAACAUGUUAUUUUUUGCAGCAGUCUUAUAGUCUAAGGGAAUGUCAAGUCAAGGGGAGCUUUGUGAUAGAGUACAAUGUUCUAUUAAGUUCAAUUCUGAAGAGAUACAGUUGUGGGUGCCUCAAGAAAAGCCUGUAUGUGAUUUUGUUAAGCAAGUUCUUCACCAGGUUCGACAGGAACCAGGAUUGUACCAGAUUACGUGGAUUUGUGAACCUGAGAAUAAAGUCUUAUGCAGUGAUGCAUCAGUCAGCCUUCAAAGCCUUGGGAUCACAAACCGCUCCUCGAACCACUUUCUUGUGAGUCCAGUACCUGCGCAUCUGCCCUCAGGUCUGAGUGAGGAUGACUCCGAACCAUUGCCGGAAUUUAAUACAGGGGACGAUGAGCUGGCCUUGGGGGCGUCUGCCAGUCCAACCAAUCUGGCCGCCCCCUACCUACCACCGCCUCGAGGGCUGUCUCUCAAUCUCAACCAACCAGAAAAAAUGGAAGAAGUAGAGCGGCAGUUAGAGUCGGACCCUCUAGAUAUCCCUGCUGAGGAUGAACUGGGUCUUGGAGCUUCUGCUAGCCCCACAAGCACAUCAUCAAUACCAACGCCACCUCCACAACCUCCGUCACCUCCCACCCCGUACUUUUCAUCCGGCGAUGGUAAAAGAGAUAUCAAAGAUGGUUUAUCAACGACUCAAAGGAGCUGGCAGGUUGACAAUGUUCCAUCCACCUCUACCUCACGGCGCACAGGGUAUGUUGGGCUGGUCAAUCAAGCUAUGACAUGUUACCUCAACAGUCUGCUCCAAGCACUGUAUAUGACCCCUGAAUUCCGCAAUGCUCUGUACAGUUGGGAAUUCGACGGGAGCGCAUCCAAACAACCAGAAACAAAAUCCAUACCGUACCAGUUGCAGAAGCUCUUCCUUAAUUUACAGACUUCGUCCAAAAGUGCUGUCGAAACAACUGAGCUCACUCAGAGUUUUGGUUGGGAUUCAAGUGAAGCAUGGCAGCAGCACGAUAUUCAAGAGCUGUGUCGUGUUAUGUUCGAUGCAUUGGAGCAGAAAUUCAAAGGAACUGAACAAGCCAAUCUCAUCAACAAGUUGUAUCAAGGUAAAAUGAUCGACUAUGUCAAGUGUUUAGAGUGCAAACGGGAAAAGCAACGUGAAGAUACAUUUUUGGAUAUACCUCUCCCCAUCCGACCAUUUGGUGCUACCUCCGCCUACAGUAGUAUUGAAGAGGCUUUGAGAGGAUUUGUCAAACCUGAAACUUUAGAUGGCAACAACCAGUAUUUUUGUGAAAGCUGUGCCAAAAAGUGUGACGCCCACAAAGGACUGAAAUUCACCCACUUCCCUUAUUUGCUAACAUUUCAUCUGAUGCGAUUUGAUUUCGACUACAAGACAAUGCAUCGAAUCAAGUUAAAUGACCGUGUGACAUUCCCGGAAAUUCUGAAUUUAGAUCAUUUUUUUGAGGAUAAUUCAAUCGGUGAAAAAGAAACUUUAGCCAGCGGCGAGAAGAACGAUGACAACAGCACAGCUGAUAGUGGCUCUGCUUUGGAUGAGGACUCGUGCCUGCCUUCUGUCGAAUCAACGUUAGCUACUCCGUCCCAGGAAAUGGACCAGGAUAGUGAUGAAGGCAUCGAAGUAGGCUGUACAUCCAAUGGUCUUUCAAAGGACGUUACGGGAAAAUACGUUUAUGAGCUGUUCUCCAUCAUGAUUCACUCUGGGAGCGCAUCCGGUGGUCAUUACUAUGCUUACAUCAAGGAUUUUUCAUCGCAGAAGUGGUUUUGUUUUAAUGAUCAAUCAGUUAGCCCACUGAUGCCCGAGGACAUUGAAAAAACCUUCGGUGGAGGUUCACGGCAUGCAUAUUACUCCGGUGCCUACAGUUCGAGUACAAAUGCAUACAUGUUAAUGUACCGACAGAUUGACAAAGAGAAAAAUGCUUUUGCAAUGACAGCUGAUGAAUUCCCCCAGCACAUAAAGAAACUGUACGAAAGGCUGGAAGAAAAAGAAAAAGCUGAUCCUUAUGCUGAAAUGGACUACAAAUUUUCAAUGCGUUGCAAAGUAAUGGAGGAUGGCAGUAGGCCGGAAAAGUUUUCCUAUGAUGCACAGCGAAAGGAGCGGAAAGAGAACCUAACCUUGGAGCCUUCUCAAACCUCUCCAAAAGUAUUGGAAAAAAGAGUGCGGUUCAAAAGUAGGCGUAAAGACUCAACCUCGGAGGAUGCAAGCAGAGAGUCAGAUUCAGAACAGUGGGAAGAUAGGAUUCAAAAAGAACAAUGGGCGGAGCGGAUGACGAAAAAUGAACCAUUUAACAUUGUAUUUUUCUAUCCAAAAAGCAAUGCUGAAUUUAGUAGUCGUAAUCCUUACUCUCCUGACUCAUGGCGAGCUGAUUGGACCUAUGAAAUUUCUGCGUGCUAUAGUAAAUUAGUUGAUGAUGUAUACCAGAUUUUAAAACCUGAAGUUCCUUCUUUGGAGAAAAACCAGUUACUGAUUUACUGCAAGAGAGGGACAAAGAUUGAUUGUCUGUUGGAAGGCAAAGAUGAUGAUACCAUUGCAUCCUUACUUGCUAAGCAUGGUCACAGUGUCAGGUCACUGUAUCACGUCACUGCAAGAACGCACAACUCAAAACUCAAUUCGGUUCUUUGUCUUCCCGGAAAUGAUAAAAUCACAGUACAUAAGGUAGAUAUCGAUGAACUAGAAGUGAGCAAAGGGAGGUUUGUUUAUUGUGCACCAACGCUAAGUGUUGAACAGUUCAAAAACUGUCUACGAUCAGAUUUUGAUGUACCCGAAGGCAUCAAAUUCAUGGUUGCAGUGGAAAUCCCAAAACUCAAAUCCACAGAUUUAGACAGGAGGAGUUCAAGUCUUCACCUAGAAAUGACCCGUUUGAAAUUCCUUGUCAACGACAAGGCAACUUUGAAACAGGAGCAAGUCUCCUCCGCCAUGCCGGUGUACGUUUCUUUCAUUUUCAAUGGAAUGUCAACACGCUCUGUGAUGGAAAGAAUGCUGAAAGCCAUCGACUGUGAUAAGAACUCAGUCACCGUUAAUUUCAAGCUUCCUGAUGCAGAUCCAAUUAUUUUAGAAAGACUAUCAAUACCAUGCUUAGAAAAGGAGAAGAAAAGCACAGUAAAUCAAAAAGAAACCAAAACAAUAGAAGAAACUCCACCUACAAAAGAAUUUACCAAAAACACAGAUCCUCACAGACUGAGAAUACUGACAGAUAACAGUUUUGUGCCACCAAAAGGUGAUAGUUGUUCUCUCACAAUUGGUGGUGAUUCUGGAGGAGGAGUGGUUGAUCCUGGAGGACAUGCAGUGACGGCCUGUUCCGGUGAUGCUCCCAAUGCCAAACCGAUUUGUUCGGUCCCCAAUCUUGAGAAUAUCGAAGAAGAGCAAAUCCACUUUAGUGAUCAGAGUGCAAGUGAAGAAAGUAGUCUCACUGAUAGCGAACGUACCAUUAUAGGAGAUAGUCCGGAUGAUUGUCCAAUGUCAAGCGCGAGUAAUUCUCCUGACACAAGUUUUCAAAUGAGCCAAGAUCUCAUCAAACAUUAUCAGACUUCCUUGUCAAAUAUUAUUGAUAUCUCUCCUGUCAACACCCAGCAGACUGAACCCAAAGAAGAUUUCAGCGAUGAAAGCUCAUACAUUAUCUCCUCAAGUGACUUUCCUGUCACGUCAUACAGAUGCAAGUGCCUAAGUGGCAAAAGUCAAAAUGGAUUGAAACAGAUGUCAGUAGACAAACGGAUGCCUUUCCCAACUCUCCUAGAAAAUCUUGAACCUUUUGUUGGUGUUAGUUCUCAGUAUUUUAAAAUAUAUUCAUCUAAAAAAAGCUAUGAAAUUAGAGAUGAGUUUGAUUUUGUUCGGUAUUAUCAGACAGAAAAUUCUUUUGUGAUCAAAUUGGAACCACAUCUGAAACACGGAGAAACGAAAGUCAAAGUAUUUUUCCUUCCUGCGGUAAUUUUGCCAACCACUGAGAUCCCGCUAGUGUUUGAUUGGAUCUUGAAGAAAGGUGAACCAGUUGCAGAAGCCAAGCAUGCAAUGUUGAAGGAAUUAGUCAGGAUAAAGGGCUUUGACAUCCCACCAGAAAAAUAUUCAAUGUACCGUCUGCGGAAGAAAUCAGCAGAACUAGGAAGAAUUUGCUUGAACACAGAGUUGUGGGAUGAAGACAUCCCACUUUUGAAGAAGAACGAGCAGCUCAUCCUACAGGAACUGAAAGAGCCGGAAAUCAAAACAAAUCCUGAUCAGAUGGCUGUUUACAUUCGUAGGUGGGAUCCAUUGAAUCAAACCCAAGGUGAAAUCAUUGAGAUCGUACUUGAAGAAGAUGCUACCAGAACUACACUCAUUGAUCAGAUAUCCAAAGUGAGCGGCAUUCCAGCAGAACAUAUCGAUGUUGCUAAAUCCCACUUCCUUUUCCCCGAUUCUCAUUUUACGUACCAAACUGGAGAUAGCAAAGCUAAUGACAGCAGUGCUUUGGGCGAGCUCCGCUGGAAUGAUACUGAAGAGGACCUCAAAGAAUCAUCAUUAAGGAUAGGCGGAGAUGGUGCAGUCCUCCUAUACAUAGAUAAGCGAGAUGAAGGUAGUUCUUUACAUUCAUCGAAAGUUCCUCUGAGAUGUAUGCGAACUUCACAGUAUGAAAGCGAUCCUCUCCAAAGGGAUAUGAAGUACAUGUUAGAGAAUCUUAGUAAUUCGCAGAAAAUUAAGUGUCGCAAUCCGGUCCGAAAAGAGAAAGGUCUGAAAAUUCAUCUCGGCUCAUCGCCAGUCAAUUCUAAUCACUUGACUGGGGACAUGGAAGAAUGAGUUCCUAGCAUUAACGGAAGGUCUUUCCUUGAAGUGAUUGCAUGAGAGCCUGACUUUGGGCCUAGGUUAAUGUAAACUCUGGAAUUAGGAUCACUCUUUUGGGUCUUUUGAGUUUACCUGUUAAAGUUUUCCUAUGAAGCUGAUGUUCUAGGAAAUUGUUAAGUAAACUUGACAUAUCCGCACAAAUUAGAACUUUAUUGUUAAGGGACUUUCAAUAGCUAAAAUUUUGAUUAAGCUCGUUCAAUUUUUUGAUAGUUCUAGAACGGAAUGGCAAUUUCGUAAAAUAACCACUGUCAUGUUAUAUGCGUAAGGCAACGGGAAGUUGGUCUCCUAUUGCUGUAUUGCCCCAACUUUGUACAGAUAAAAUUUGUUUUAUAUUUAAGAAGAUGGCUGUAAUUUCACUUGUUAGUUGCUUAGUACAUUGAAGUUUGAAUUUUGCGUCAGAAAUUAUUCAAGAAGAUUAGGAACUCUGCUUGUGUCUGGUGAAAAUCUAUUAAACUUUUCUCGCAAGAGAAAAUAAAAUCACCAAAUUGUCACUACAUUUAUGGGAGUAACGCCCUUUUAUAAUGAGCUUCAUAUAUUUUAUUGCUUUUGCAGUGUGUAUUAAACGUAUGAUUUGACAGAUAAUGUGAUGAAAUAAUCGUCCUAUGAAACUUCUGAGCUAUUUUUGUAUGUUCAGAAUUUUAUUCCUCUUUAGAGAGAGUACAAGUAGACUUUAAUGUUAAGUUCAAAGAGAAAAAGGGUCCUAUCAAUUGUAAUCUACCAAAAAUAUCAAUACAUGGAAAAGACAAAAGUAGAGGCAUCAAUCUAUUUCAAAAAUGAAAGGGUGACAGUGAUUUAUCUAUCAGUAUCAAAACUAAAUCUUCCGUCGCAUAAAAGUAACUCCUGAUGGGUGAAAAUGAUGGGUAUAUAUCGGUGCUAUUCCCCGGGUUUCGAUGCUUUUUUGAUACUUUUUAAUUGCACACUAAUACGCUUUUAUAUAAUUUUUAAGUCUCCCUUCCAAAUUACUAUGCAACUGUAGGUGUUCAAAAAUAUGUUGCUGUCCCUGAACCUAAAAGUUGUCAGCCAAAUGAACGAUUCCUGAUUGUUAUUUUUGUUCUCCAUUUCAUUUCAUUGCUGCUUAAGGCCCUGUCUACUCGAUCGCAGUUCGAGGAAUUUCGGGCGAACUUGUUCCAGGAACUUGUUAUAGCUUAGCUAUAACUUGUUUGUGGAACUAGUUCAUCCAAACUGCGUCUGUGUAGACAAGACCUAUAAAAUGGUUUUUAUAGGUCGGAUGUUGCAGUCCACGAUUAUCGUGCAUUCUUUGCCAAUAGAUUUUCAUUUGUUCCUCUCGGGACCUAUGUUUCAUUUUCAUGUAUGUUUGUUAUACAGUGUGAUCCUAGAGUCCUGCACCACCAGCAAUAAACAUUACCGCUGUAAUUUAAAAUCAAAUUAAGAUAGAAACUAGGAAUUUAGUGAGUGCCUUUAGGUCAAAGAAAACGAUUUUGGGAACCCACAAAAUUUUAAAAGGAUCACUCUGAAAGGGGGCAAGAAUCCUUGGAGUUACAGGAAUGGUGCGAGACUUUUGGAUUACCCUGUAUGUAUACCAUUUCUCCUCUCACAUGCUUUCAUCUCGCUAUGUUUAGAAACGAAGUUCCGUGAAACUGAUGGUAGAAUGUUGUUGCUAACCUUCAACUUACAGUAUCAGAGUUUGUGCUACAUAAUUCGGCUGACUUUGUGAGUGAGAUGAAAGGACCACAAGUUGUCUCUAGCAUUUAGUUUCAAUGCAAAAUUGAAAACGGUACCUCUCUUUUGCACUAUGAAAGUCAGCCAUCUCAUUUGGCACAAACUGUGAAUGAUUCGAUUUUCUCUGGCAAAUUUUUAAGCAGUUAAAAUGAUGACAUGGAAAACGAAAAUGUACAGGCCCUUCUUUAUUUGCUGUUGCUGUCUCCUCAUAAAGACUCCAUAAGAAUUUUUAGUAACUAAAUCUGUAAUUAUCUUCAGAGGAAGUAUAUCCCUUCAAAAUUUAACAAAGGGCCACUUAAGAUAACUAGAAAUCAACCUUUUUAUUGUGCUAUUGCUCAAUUGUGAUUUUUUAUUUUAUUUUAAUGUUCGUCUCAAGUAAUUAAAUUCCUGAAAUGUUGAAAUUGCCACACUAAUAAAAUACCAAAGUGUAUUUGCAACAUCCCUUGAGCAUUGUUUUGGAAGGAGAAGUGACGGCUACUCUGAUAUUCCGCCCAUUUCUCUUCUCUUUCAUCCCUCACUACUUUCUAUUGAGCAGUCCUGACAUGCCUCAAUCAGUUCUAAGUUCUCGAUAAUCUUUCAUUACAAGUCAUCUGUGGAAACUGAGUGUGUUGCUUAAAUCAGUUGAACACUGUUUUCGAUAUUAUUUAUUCAUUUACCUACUAUCUUAAUUUUUUUCUUUUAUUACGAUUGUUUUUUAAAAGGUUUAUUUAUUUCCGACAAUCUCUUGAUUUCAUUGUUUUGCCUUGUUCCUUUCCUUGGAAAAGAAUAGUAAAAAUUAUUUUUUUCUA